UUUUAUGAUAAAACGAAAGAGUUGUGUGUGAAGACAGCAAUAGAGAACGGUGAAGUUCUACACAAGCAAAAGAUAACCGUGAUCAAUGCAGAGCAUAAUGCAGUGUACGGAAAACAAGACGGUGUUUUGGUCACACCAAAACUUCUGUUCAGUUCAGUUGUAACCCACGAAAUGGUGCACAGUUUCAACAUCGGACAUUCAUAUAGUGACCGGAAUAUCAAGGUUUUCCCACAUUCUCGCAAUGGCGAAUACGAUGAUCGUUAUGAUUUGAUGAGCACUGCAAAUGCCCUGAUGCAUCCGUCGCCGUAUGGUCUCAGUGGUCCAGGUUUGAACGGCCCUCAUCUGGACUAUUUAGGAUGGUUACCGAUGGAUCGUACGGUUUAUUUUGGAAGGUAUCCGAAUCUUCCACAAGCAAAAAUUUAA